AUGGCCGGUCUCUUUGGCAGUACGCCCGCCGCGACUGCCACCUCCACAACAGGUGACAUCAGCAAAGACGUCGACGUUCCCAAUCCACCCACAGACGGCAUAUCCGACCUCAUGUUCUCGCCGACAGCGGAUUUCCUCGCCGUGUCAAGCUGGGACCAGAAGGUCUACAUCUACGAAAUUACCAGCACCGGAGCAGUAGGGAAGUGGUUCUUUACCUGCAAGGGCGCAGUUCUCGGGGUCGCUUGGUCGACGGACGGCACACGCGUAGCCGGCGGCGACACGGCCGGUAACGUCUGCAUCGUCGACCUCCGCAAUGCCCCCGCCUCGGGCGAAAUCCAGGCCCAAAUCGCCAAAGCGCACGAGCAACCCGUCAGAUCCGUCCGCUGGUUCAACUACAACAACACCGAGAUCCUCGCGACGGGGUCCUGGGAUAAGACGGUCAAGAUGUGGGACCUCCAGAGCGCGAAUCCGCUCGCGACGCUGGACUGCGGAGAGCGCGUGUACACGAUGGACGUGAAGAAGUAUCAGAAUCGGCACUUGAUGGUGAUUGGGACGGCGGAGAGGCAUAUCCAUAUGGUGGAUUUGAACAACCCGGUCAAGAUUUACAAGACGAUUACGAGUCCGUUGAAGUGGCAGACUCGAGUUGUGAGCUGCUUCACCGACGCUUCUGGUUUCGCUGUAGGGUCCAUUGAAGGACGCUGCGCCAUUCAGUAUGUCGACGACAAGGACGUUGCCCUCAACUUCUCCUUCAAAUGCCACCGCCAACAAGACACAGCCGACCGCAACAUCGCCAAAGUCUACUCGGUCAACGCAAUCUCGUUCCACCCGCAACACGGCACCUUCUCCACCGCCGGCAGCGACGGAACGUUCCACUUCUGGGACAAGGACGCCAAGCAUCGCCUCAAGGGCUACCCGGAUGUCGGCGGCUCUAUAACCGCCACGGCGUUCAGCAAAGACGGGAACAUUUUUGCUUAUGCGGUGAGCUACGAUUGGAGUAAAGGGUACAGCGUCAAUACGCCGAGCAUGCCGAUCAAGAUUCGGUUGCAUCCGAUCACUGGGGAUGAGUGUAAGCCUCGGCCUGGAGCGAAGAAGCGGUAG